AUGCCGCCCAAGUAUCUCCUCAACUCAAACACUCUGCGGCUUGAGCAUGGAACGAAAUUGUUCAUACCAAAUACAUCACCGAAGCAAUUCGUCAAGUAUGCCAUCCUAUCCCAUCGCUGGGGAGAUGAAGAUCAGGAGGUCUCCUUCGAUGACAUCCAGCUCAAUCCUUUUGGCGUGGAGGACAAAUUAGGAUACAAGAAGCUCGAGUAUGCCUGUCGCCAAGCCAGUACCGACGGAUAUUCGCAUAUCUGGAUCGAUACGUGCUGCAUUGACAAGAAAAGCAGUGCCGAGCUAUCGGAGAGCAUCAACUCCAUGUACUCAUGGUACGAAAAUGCCGAGCAAUGUUACGCAUAUCUGGAAGACGUGGACGAAGUGACUAAGAUGGGUCAGAGUGAAUGGUUUGACCGCGGCUGGACACUGCAAGAGCUCAUUGCGCCAAAAGUCGUUGUAUUCUUUUCCAAGUCAUGGUUCCGGCUUGGUGAAAGAGCAGACCUGAGUGAAACACUGUCCGACAUCACAAAAAUCGACGUUGGAGUCCUUGCUGGGACAGAAAAGGUGGAUUCCGUCUGCGUGGCCCGUCGCAUGUCGUGGGCUUCGAAACGAGUGACGUCGAGACCAGAGGACAUCGCGUACUGCUUGAUGGGCAUCUUCAAUGUCAACAUGUCAAUGCUAUACGGAGAAGGCGAGAGGGCGUUCAUCAGGCUGCAAGAAGAAAUCAUGAAAGAUUCCGAUGACGAGUCCAUCUUCACCGCCACCGAUCAUUUGCCUGAGCGACAUACCCGGUGGGCAAACUCUCAAAUUGCCGGACCUCCACCGAAACCCAAACAAAACAGUGAUCGGUAA